AUGAGAGGGGUCAUGAGGUUUGGAAAGAAGGGCAAGUUGAGCCCUAGAUUUGUCGGGCCCUUUGAGAUUCUUGAUCGGAUUGGCCUAAUGGCUUACAGGGUAGCCCUACCACCAGCAAUAUUAGGGGUACAUGAUGUAUUUCAUGUAUCUAUGAUGAGGAAGUAUAUACUCGACCCCACCCACGUUAUCGAUUACGAGCCUCUUCAACUUCAGGAAAAUCUGACUCAUACAGAAGAGUCGAUGCAGAUUGUAGAGAGAAAAGAACAAGUACAAGUGUUACAGAAUCGGGCUAUCCCAUUGGCUAAAGUGGUAUGGAAUAAUCAUAGUAUUAGUGAAGCCUCCUGGGAAUUAGAAGAAGAAAUGCAAGUCAAGUACCCAUAG